AUGUGGAACUUUAAGAAUACGAAAGGAGACACGUCUGAAAAAGCCAUGGAGUUUAUAGACACCGCUUAUUAUUACUAUUUAUCCAAAUUGGUUGAUAUGGUCGACACCUUCUUCAUGGCCUUCCGCAAGAAGAACUCUCACAUCUCAUUCCUUCACGUAUGGCAUCACAUAUCGCUUCCGUUCGCCGGUUGGCUAUUCAUGAAAUACAAUCCAUAUAUGCCAACGAUUUGCAUAAUUCCAAUAAUAAACACGUUUAUACACGUGAUUAUGUACUCGUACUACGGUUUGGCCGCAUUGGGUCCACAAAUGCAGAAGUACUUGUGGUGGAAGCGAUACAUCACUCAAAUACAGUUAAUGCAAUUCGUAUGUGUGAUGAGUUGGUUCGUUGUGGUCUAUUAUAAGCAAACAGAUCUGCCCAUCGGUUACAUGGCCUGCAAUUUUGGUAACGCUGUCUUCCUAUACCUAUUGUUUGCCGGUUUCUACCGGAGCUCAUAUACUAAGACAACAACCACUCAAACGUCAAUUAAAGCUCAAAAAACUCAAUAA